UCACUAUGAGCAAGACCGGAGUGCACUUAAGCGGAAAGAAUGGGAGAGAAGAAACCAGGAAGUCCAGCAAGAUGAAGAUCUCUUUGCUUCAGGUUUUAACCUCUUUGGGGAACCCUACAAGACAAAUAAAGGCGAUGCCCUUGCAAACCGUGUCCAGAACACAUUGGGAAAUUAUGAUGAAAUGAAGGACCUGUUAACCAACCAUUCCAACCAGAGCCACCUUGUAGGAAUCCCAAAGAAUUCUGUCCCACAGACGCCCAUUGACAAAAAUGAACAGAACUUUUUCCCAGAACCGAGAAACAGGAUGAUCCCAUCUCAUCAGAUCAGUGGCCACUCAUCAACAUCGAUGCCUCCGCCUUCUUCAUUGUCAUCUAAUUCUACUUUGCUACACAGUCACCAGAGCAGCAGAAAGUCAAGGACAGACUGGUCGCGUGGUGGUCACAACUCUAGCGGGGCCCAGCCAAGCCAAUCCAGCAGUCAGCAGGGUCGGGCAAAGCAUAGCUCUUCUCAUGACCAGCCUCAGGGCAGGUAUGAAGACCUCUAUAAUUGUCAGAGUGAGCAGCAUAAAAGUGGAGGAAAUGAGGAAGCAAAUUCUAUGGCAGCAUCUUCACAUUCAAGGAGGCAUACUCAUUCGAAGUCAGCACCUGGAGAACAUACUUACAAAGAAAACAGUCAUUCGAAGUCACCCACAGAGCUUGAGUUUGUAGGUCAUGGUCCUGGAUCUCCACUUCCUUCCACUUCUUUGUUAUCUGCAAACAAUGGUCUUUCGACCCAGAAUUUCCCACCGGGACUUCACUGUAAAAACAGCAUGGUCCAGCAAAAGCCUACAGCGUAUGUCAGGCCUAUGGACGGUCAGGACCAGGUACCCAAUGACUCACCUGAACUGAAACCUCCGAUAGAAAUUGAGAGUGGAUAUGGAAAUCAGUCCUUUGGAACACUGCUGGAAGGAAAAGUGAACACACCUAGUUCAAAGAACAAAGUACCAAAGCUCAACAUUCCUCCUGUUAGUGAA